AUGUCAAAAGUUUCUCGAAAAGAUGGUAAAAAGCCUUAUUAUUCCUCAAAUUCUCUUCCUGACCACAUUAGGAUUCGAGAAUUCCAACAAAAAGAUAUUGAUGAAGUUCAAAGGAUUUAUGCUAACUCAAUGAUGGAUAAUGUGCCAUAUGCUAUUGGGGAUAUCAUGCAGCAUCGUUAUCUUCUUUGUUUAUGGUUAGGUUUAACAUAUUUUACCGUAAAGAACCACAGUAAUAUACAUUUACUAUUUAUGCUCCUCGUUUUUAUCGGUUGGGGUUUUUUCCUCUACGUUAAUGUUCGACGAAUUAUAACAAGUACAAUUUCCUAUGAAACACGACAUGCAAUUCAUACUGAUUUGUCUAGAAUUUCAGAAAAAUAUGGAAGUGGCACCAUACAACAACUAACAAAAUCUGAUAAACACCAUUCACAAGAAAAUUUAUUUGACCAACCUUUUAAUGAUCGUAUCGCGAGAUUUUGGGUUGCUGUUGAUAAAGAAGCAGGAAAUAAAGUGGUAGGCUUUCUAGAAAUUGUGGACAAUGAAGAUGAAGAUCCUCUAAGAAAAAAAUAUAUUAUGGAAUCAUAUGCACCUCAUAUAAAGCAUUUAUGCGUGGCUACAAAUUAUAAAAGACAAGGAAUCGCUACUGCAUUAUUGAAACAUGCGAUAAAGUUUAUACAUAAAAAGAAUGCAAAAAGUCUAGGAGUUCUUACAUCUACUUGGCAAGAACCAGCAAUGGAGAUAUUUUAUCGUUUUGGAUUCAUAGAGGUAAAGCGAGGAACUAUGGCCUAUGGAUUUGUUGAAUGUAUAAAACUCAGACUUGAUGUUGAACAAUGGAUUAGGUGCCGUAAAGCACGUAAACAUAGUUCAUCUAUUAGUGACGCGUAA